UGAUGACACCGUGAAGCGGAGGCGUGUCUGGUUCUGAGGGGUUCUCCUCCGCUGCUGGGUCAGAACUCAGGGUCCGAGUGGUGCUGCUCGGUUCUGUUCGACUGAGAGGGAAUGUGCGUCCAUCGUGACCGGACUAGUUUUUCAAGUUUAACCAAACAGAGGAGCAGAAAGAGACCGCAGCAGUGUGGGACCACCCGGGCAGACAGGGACCGGAUCCAGACGCGCCACAGCGGACAGAACUUUCCUCGGAACCUGRGUGUCAGAUGAGAGGCGGACCGGAGCCGGGGCGAUGGCUUCUGCUCCUCCCGAGCCGAGGAAGUUCACCCGGGGGCUGAACAAGCCGGGCACCGCGGCGGAGCUGCGGCAGAGCGUGUCUGAGGCGGUCCGGACCUCCGUGCUGAUGGUCAAACCAAAGAUCAUAGAGCCUCUGGAUUAUGAAAACGUCCUCCUGCAGAGGAAGACCCAGAUCAUCAGCGAUGUUCUCCGCGACAUGUUGCAGUUCCCCACAGACGACUUCCAGAUCUCCACCCUGUGGCGCCAGGGCCGGACUUUGCUCUCCACUGUGCCAGAGACCGCCGAGAAAGAAGCUCAGUCUCUGUUUGUCCAAGAGUGCAUCAAAACAUACAAGUCUGACUGGCAUGUGGUCAACUACAAAUAUGAAGAGUAUUCUGGAGACUUCCGCCAGCUUCCAAAUAAGGUGCUGAGACCUGAGAAACUGGCUGCUCAUGUGUUCGAGGUUGACGAAGACGUAGAAAAAGACGAGGAUGCUGCCUCUCUGGGAUCCCAGAAAGGAGGUGUGUCGAAGCAUGGCUGGCUCUACAAAGGCAACAUGAAUAGUGCCAUUAGUGUCACUAUGAGGUCUUUCAAAAGGAGGUACUUCCAUCUUGCUCAGCUGGGCGAUGGAUCCUACAACCUCAACUUCUACAAAGAUGAAAACACCUCCAAGGAGCCCAAAGGAACCAUUUUCCUUGACUCUUGCAUGGGGGUUAUUCAGAACAGCAAAGUGCGUCGAUUCGCCUUUGAGCUGAAGAUGCAGGACAAAAGCACGUUUCUGCUGGCUGCAGACAGCGAGGCAGAGAUGGAGGAGUGGAUCAGCACCCUCAACAAGAUCCUCCACAGCAGCUUUGAGCAGGCCAUGCAGGAGAAGAGGAACGGAGACCUGAUUGACGAUGARGAGCAGGGAAAAACAGACCUUUCCUCUGGAAGCUUUCAAGACACCUUUCAGACAGCCAGAGAUAUUGAAUCUAAAAUGAGGAGUGAAGCUCGGCUCAAGCUGUUYACUCUCGAUCCUGACACACAGAAACUGGACUUUUCUGGUAUCGAACCAGACACUCGUCCGUUUGAGGAGAAGUUCGGGAAGAGAGUUCUGGUCAGCUGUCACAACCUGUCCUUUAACCUCCAGGGCUGUGUCGCAGAAAACGAAGAGGGACCAACAACUAACGUGGAGCCUUUCUACGUGGUUCUGUCCCUGUUUGAUGUCCAGAACAGUAGAAAGAUCUCAGCCGACUUCCACGUGGACCUCAACCAUCCUUUAGUUCGACAAAUGGUUUGCGGCGCAUCGGAGGAGUCACAAAUCAUUGAUGAAGGUCUCCUGGAAGGCCAGAAGCAGGCURUUCUCUAUCCCAAACAGGGGGUGUUCUCAGUCACCUGCCCACACCCGGAGAUCUUCCUGGUUGCGAGGAUUGAGAAGGUCCUACAAGGAGGGAUCACCCACUGUACUGAACCCUACAUGAAGAGCUCAGACUCUACCAAAAUCGCUCAGAAAGUGUUGAAGAACGCCAAGACUGCUUGCAGCAGACUGGGACAGUACAGGAUGCCGUUUGCCUGGGCUGCACGGCCUGUGUUCAAAGACGCUUCAGGAACUCUGGACAAAACGGCUCGUUUCUCAGCUCUGUACAGACAGGACAGCAGCAAACUGUCGGAUGAGGACAUGUUCAAACUGCUCACUGACUUCAGAAAACCAGAGAAAAUGGCCAAACUGCCCGUGCUCUUAGGGAACUUAGAUGUAACCGUUGAUAACAUGGCACCAGAUGCAGCCAACUGCGUCACUUCCUCCUACAUCCCCGUGAGAACCUUUGAGCAGAACGGUCCUGGCAGCGCUCUCCUGGAGGUAGAGGAGUUUGUGCCGUGUAUUGCUAAGUGCGCCCAGCCCUUCACCAUCUAUAAGAACCACCUCUAUGUUUAYCCCAAACAUCUGAAAUAUGACGGGCAGAAGUCAUUUACAAAGGCGAGGAACAUUGCUGUUUGUAUCGAAUUUAAGGAUUCUGAUGAGGAUGAUGCUCAGCCAUUGAAGUGCAUCUACGGGCGUCCUGGAGGACCUCUGUUCUCUAAACACGCCUAUGCAGCCGUCCUACACCACCAGCAGAACCCUGAGUUCUACAAUGAGAUAAAGAUAGAGCUGCCUACUCAGCUGCACAACAAGCAUCACCUUCUCUUCAGCUUCUUUCACAUCAGCUGUGAAAACAACAGCAAGAAGAAAGACAUGGUGGAAACUCCAGUGGGUUCAGCCUGGCUGCCUCUGCUGAGAGACGGAGGUCGGGUCGUCACGAACGAACAGCAGCUUCCUGUCACUGCUAACCUUCCCACUGGCUACCUGGGCUUCCAGGACAACAAGCAGUCUGGUUUGGAGAUGAAAUGGGUCGAUGGUGGGAAACCCCUGUUCACAGUCUCCACCCAUCUUGUAUCUACAGUUUACACUCAGGACCAACAUUUACACAACUUCUUCCACCACCGGCAAAUCAUGGAGGUGUCCGAACAAGCUUCAGAGGGCGAGCUGGUUAAAUACCUGAAGAGUCUUCAUGCAAUGGAAGGUCACGUGAUGGUCAAUUUUCUGCCCACUGUCCUCAACCAGCUGUUCUGUGUCCUCACCAGGGCCACCCAUGAGGAUGUGGCCGUCAACGUCACCAGGGUCAUGGUUCAUGUGGUGGCCCAGUGUCACGAGGAGGGGCUUGAACAUUACCUGAGAUCUUACGUGAAGUUUGUGUUCAAACCAGAGCCAUAUUCCUCCAUGUCUGUAAAAACCGUUCACGAGGAGCUGGCAAAGGCCAUGACGGCCAUUCUCAAACCGUCCACCGACUUCUUGACGAGCAACAAGCUGCUCAAGCACUCGUGGUACUUCUUUGAAGCUCUGGUGAAAUCAAUGGCUUAUUAUCUUAUAGAGAGCGGGAAAGUAAAGCUGUCGAGGAACCAGCGUUUUUCGGCRUCCUUCUACCACGCAGUGGAGACUCUGGUCAACAUGCUGAUGCCGCACAUCACCCAGAAAUACAAAGACAACCUGGACGCUUCUCGCAACGCCAACCACAGCCUGGCAGUUUUCAUCAAGCGAUGCUUCACCUUCAUGGACAGAGGUUUUGUCUUCAAGCAGAUCAACAACUACAUGAACUGCUUUGUGCCUGGAGACCCCAAGACUCUGUUUGAGUUUAAGUUUGAGUUCCUGCGGGUUGUUUGCAGCCACGAGCACUACGUGCCUCUCAACCUCCCCAUGCCCUUUGGAAAAGGUCGCAUCCAGAGGUUUCAGGAUCUCCAGCUGGACUAUUCCCUGACUGACGACUUCUGUCAGAACCACUUCCUGGUGGGCUUGCUGCUGCGGGAGGUGGGUGCGGCGCUUCAGGAGCACAGAGAGAUCCGUCAGAUCUCUGUCCAGGUGCUGAAGGGGCUACAGAUUAAACACACGUUUGACGACCGCUACGCUGCCAAAAGCCACCAAGCCAGACUGGCCACUCUGUACCUGCCUCUGUUCGGCCUCCUUCAGGAGAAUGUUUACAGACUGGACAUCAAAGACUCAGCUCCUCUCAGCAACAACAAUAACCCAAGGGAGGACUCUCUGGUACCAAACUCCRUGCUGACUCCUCAGAAACCUGGGAGCUGCAUAGAAAACGCUCUCCACAAAGAUGUGUUCGGGGUCAUCUCUGGGACAGCGUCGCCCCACAGCUCCACCCCUAACGUCAGCUCGGUUCAUCACGCAGACUCCAGAGGCUCUCUGGCCUCCACCGACUCAGCCAACAGCCUUCUGGACAAGAGCAGCGAGAAGACCAACUCCCUGGAGAAGAACCAGUGCGUGUCGGCGCUGGGCAGCACCGUGCUGCGCUGCGACAAGCUGGACCGAGACGAGAUCCGGAACCUGCUCAUGUGCUUCCUGCACCUCCUCAAGAGCAUGUCUGAAGAGGCUCUGUUUGCUUACUGGAACAAAGCUGCACCAUCAGAUUUAAUGGACUUCUUUACCUUAAUAGAGAUCUGCCUCUAUCAGUUCAGAUACAUGGGGAAGAGAUUCAUCGCCAGGAGCCAGGAGGGCGGGGCACCUGUAGCUGCAGACAGGAAGUCUCUGACUCUGCCCGUGUCUCGUAACAGGGCGGGGCUUCUCCACGCUCGCCUGCAGCAACUAGGAACUCUGGAGAACGCUCACACCAUCACUAACAUGUACUCUCACACAGAAGCAGACGUAAACAGUCAGAGUUUGCUUGAGGCCAACGUCUCCACAGAGGUCUGCCUGACCGUCCUGGACACACUCAGCACCUUUAUCAUGGGCUUUAAGACCCAGCUGACUGCAGAUUUAGGUCACAACCCCCUGAUGAAGAAGGUCUUCCAGGUGCACCUGUGUUUCCUGCAGAUCUCYCAGUCAGAGGUGGCUCUCAAACAGGUCUUCACGUCUCUACAGACCUUCAUUUACAAGUUCCCCUGCACCUUCUUCGAUGGCCGGGCCGACAUGUGCGCCUCUCUCUGUUACGAAAUCCUCAAGUGCUGUAACUCCAAACUGAGCUCCAUCCGUAGCGACGCCGCCCACCUCCUCUACUUCCUCAUGAAGAGCAACUUUGACUACACAGGCCGCAAGUCUUUUGUGCGAACGCACCUGCAGGUGGUGAUUGCUGUCAGUCAGCUGAUAGCUGAUGUAAUUGGCAUCGGGAGCACUCGUUUCCAGCAGUCACUUUCWAUCGUCAACAACUGCGCCAACAGUGACAAGAGCAUUAAACACACGGCGUUCCCCUCAGACGUGAAGGACCUCACCAAGCGCAUCCGCACCGUGCUCAUGGCCACAGAGCAGAUGAAGGAGCACGAGAACGACCCCGAGAUGCUGGUGGACCUGCAGUACAGCUUGGCCAAAUCCUACACCAGCACCCCGGAGCUCCGGAAGACCUGGYUGGACAGCAUGGCUCGGAUCCACAACAAGAACGGGGACCUGUCUGAGGCAGCCAUGUGUUACGUCCACGUCGCUGCUCUGGUUUCUGAGUACUUGUGGAGAAAAGGUAUGUUUCGUCAGGGCUGCUCCUGUUUCCGGGUCAUCACCCCGAACAUCGACGAGGAGGCGGCCAUGAUGGAGGACGUGGGGAUGCAGGAUGUGCACUUCAGUGAGGAGGUGCUGCUGGAGCUGCUGGAGGAGUGUGCCGACGGUUUAUGGAAAGCUGAGCGUUAUGAGCUCAUCGCUGACGUUUACAGGCUCAUCAUUCCCAUCUAUGAAGAGCGCAGAGACUUUGAGAAACUGACCCACCUGUACGACACGCUCCAUCGGGCCUACACUAAAGUGAUGGAGGUGAUGCACAGCGGCAAGAGGCUGCUGGGGACGUACUUCAGAGUGGCCUUCUUUGGACAGGCUGCGGGCUUCUUUGAGGAUGAAGAUGGGAAGGAAUACAUCUACAAGGAGCCAAAAUUCACUCCACUGUCCGAGAUUUCCCAAAGGCUCCUCAAGCUCUACUCAGACAAAUUUGGCCAAGAGAACGUCAAGAUCAUUCAGGAUUCUGGCAAGGUAAACCCCAAGGACCUGGACUUAAAGUACGCCUACAUCCAGGUGACCCACGUCACGCCCUACCUAGAUGAUAAGGAGCUGGAGGACAGGAAGACCGACUUCGAGAAGAGCCACAACAUCCGGCGCUUUGUGUUCGAGACUCCGUUCACAGUUUCAGGCAAAAAGCAGGGCGGAGUAGAGGAGCAGUGUAAACGACGAACUGUUCUYACCACCACCCACUGUUUUCCUUACGUUAAGAAGCGUAUAGCCGUCAUGUACCAGCACCAGACCGACCUGAGCCCCAUAGAGGUGGCCAUCGAUGAGAUGAGCGCCAAGGUGGGCGAGCUGAGGCUGCUGUGCUCGGCCUCUGAGGUGGACAUGAUUCGCCUGCAGCUCAAGCUGCAGGGCAGCAUCAGCGUCCAGGUGAACGCAGGGCCUCUUGCGUAUGCCAGAGCCUUCCUCGAUGACAGCAGUGCCAAGAAAUAUCCAGACAACAAGGUCAAACAGCUCAAAGAGGUCUUCAGGCAAUUUGUGGAYGCCUGUGGACAGGCACUGGGAGUGAACGAACGACUGAUUAAAGAAGACCAGCAGGAGUAUCAUGAUGAGAUGAAGGCGAACUACAGGGACAUGAUCAGGGAACUGUCCAACAUCAUGCAUGAACAGAUAAACCCGGCAGAGGACGGGACCAGGAGCCCUCUGUCGGACUCACUGGGCAUCUUCAACGCCAUCAGUGGCACCCCGAGCGGCCCCUCACACGGCCCCACCAUCCUCUGAGAGGGACGCCGUCGACCCGUUCAGUCAACCCGCGAAUGARCUGGGAUCCAUUCACAGACCUCAACUAAACCCAAUUCAGUCAUUUUUGGAUCGAUUCUCCUCUGUGUGUCCGUGUCACCAGCCAGACUUUCUUUGUGUUUCCUAUGGAGACUUCAGUUUCUUCAGUCAUUAUAAGUUACAGCCGUUUCAUUUUUCUGAUAAAUUAUAUGGAUUUUUUUAAAGAAGUUAUUACUAUUUUAGGCCAAUUGACCUGUAUAGAAACUGUGUAAAGCCAUCUUAACCAGACUUUUUGACUUAUUUUAUAAAAUAAAGUGUGCAAUAUUUUCUGCAAAUACCAAGGAUACCUACGAGACAAAAAAAAGACUUUUGCCAAAGACGUUAGAAAACAUUUGUGCAAUAAGUUUACACUCGACUGUGUUCUUUUAUUGCCUCAUAUGUAGAAUCCUUUUAUUAUCUGUGAGGGAAAAUAAAAUGUUUUCACUUAGUGAGUUCUCAUGUAAAUAUGUUAAAGACAAAUAAAUAAAAUCUGAAAACAAAAAA